GCCGCGCGCCCGGCGGCAACAGGUUGCCCGGAGGUCGGCGGCGAGCGCCGGGGCGGCGCUCCUCCAGGGACGACCCGCCACCACAAUAGCCCGGCAUCCCUGCCGGCCGAGUUGAAUUAUGGACGACUUGAGCCCACUUGGAUCGAUCCAGCCGUUCGGCAGCGUCCGGCCGUAUAUCGACUAUGUGCCAUCAGCGAUUACGAACUUUACGUACUCGGGCUGUCGGCGGUAAGCGCUGUGUUUGGGCGCCACGUGCCGGUGGGCUCAGCGCGCCAGCUUCAAUCGAUGGCAAUUUACCCGGCGCAUCCUAAAUCGAUGCAGUAAUCUCUAUAGUCCCGUGCCCAUCGGCGACUAUCAAAACUGGGCUGGAUCGGCAGGAGACCUGAUCGCAGACUGCGAAUGGUUAUGGCAGUGUUGGGGGACGUUAUGGGUAUAGUCUAAGCGCAGUAUGGCUCCGUAGAAACGCCAAGUCAAAGUGGAUUGUCAGUAAUUAUUUCAGCUUGCUGGUGGAAACGCUUGCGGCAAGUAACACCACGCGUCGUCCUGAGUGCUACAUUGCGGCUUUUCUCAGCCACAGCCUACCACGCCAAGUUUUUCACAGAGCGUCAGAUAUAAGCGUGCUUAUGCGUCAGUGCGUGUGGUUAUUGGUUGGACACCUCGGUUGUGCGGUGCCCAAGAACUCCAAGCAGAAACGAGCAGCGAGAUCGGCCCGCCACACCCUCCUUGCCGUUAUUCCUUACGGCUGGAGGCGGUUCUUUGUAUCAUUCAAAAUGUAUAUAUAUACAAUUAGUUUCUAAAUUAUCCAACGUUGCGACCUUGGUGUUUCGUCUCUGGUUCACCAGCUGACGAGUUGUGACGAGUGACGCCCGCGACACAGAAUCAGAAUCGAGCCUUGACCUUUGCGCAGGGCGGCGUCCGUCGUUUCGACAUCACCUGACAGCGUUUCUCGCCUCUUCCUUCGCCAGAUGAGCCGUGUCGAUUCCCGGAAUCGUGGCUGGGCCAGUGGUACUGGAAGGAGUCAGUCUUCAACAUCACCGAGGACGUGCUGGGCUCCAAGGGGCGAUGUCUUGAGAGGCAGGGCAUCAAGCUCCUCAUCGAGAAGGAACGAGCAGGAAGGAAGUGCUACAUCUGCGUCGUGGUUUUCCAACGGCACAGCAACAUCAUCGAGUUUAAGGAGUCGCGGUUCUGCCGGGACCGGCCGUCGCUGCGCCAGGUCUGCCGCGCCAUCGGCGGCGACGAGCCGCUGCAUACCAUGGUGCGCGCGCGACCGCAGCCGGUGCCCUGUCCCUUCCGCGGCCCGUUCACGUUCGACUACAAGCGCUCGGACAAGGUGUGCGACGCGCCCAUCUCGCGCGUGGCGUCCUGCGCGGCGCCCUGGCGACUGGUGCUGCGUCAUCAGGCGUGCCCGGACGUGGCCGGCGCCGAGCGACUCUCCGAGCAACUCACCUGCCUGGCCACCUGGCGCAACCACGACACCCACUUCAUGUUCGGCCGGCUCGACAGCGUCAAGACCAAGACGGACGCUGACAGGUACCGCUGCUUCAUCUAUCAGCGGUUCGACCACGGCCACAACCAGCGAGGUUAUCACGUGGUGCAGUCCGGCGACUCGACCUGCCAGGGCCUGCAGUCUGUGCACGACGGCCACAAGGUCAUGAACCUGUACGACGAUAAGCACAGCACGGCGAAGUGCAGGCUGCCAGACUGGUUCGUCGCGCACCACGAGUGGCACAGCAUGGAUUGGUCGCAGCGCUACCAUAUCUUCCACAAAAACCACUCCGUGAAAGUCACCGACUUUGCCCGUUCGUCGUCUGCGGGGCCGAGGAACGAGACGACCAAACUGGUGUGCAGCCGCGUGGUGCACGAGACGGAUCGGGUCGUCAAGCUUGUCUUUCACCGCAGCCGGGACUGCAUCAGCAAAUACCAGUGUGCCCUGCUGUACAGGCGGGACGGAAACGUCGUUGAGAUCAAACUGGGCGACCCGAUCGACUCGCCGGACGCCGCCUGCCACUUCUUCGACGAGAGACGGCACAACUUCACCACGCUUGUCGCGUCCGGCCUGCCGGGUCACCCGUGUCCGUACCUGGGCCGUCACGCCGUGAUCGGCGUGAGGCGUGAGGGCCGCGCCGUGCGUGACACCUGCUCAGACGCGUUCAGCACGCUGGUGAUGGGCUGCAGCAGCUCGGACACGCUUCAGCUGCGCUCCGAGUGCCGUCAGGGGACGCGCUCCACCGAAUACCGUUGCCAUGGAAACUGGGAGGAAAAUGGCACCCAUUACCUGGUGACAUCUCUGGUCGGUCAGCCAGCAACACAGGCGAGGCGCGUCUGUUUCGUCUCUAUGGCGACAAGCGAGGGUCUCCACUUCUCCACACUUCAAAGGGCCUGCUACAGAAACAUUGCUCUCGGCCGAGAAGGCACUCUCGCCUUCAAUGUGACCAUUGAUGGGGACUGCCGGGCCGAGGCGUCCACCACCCGCUCCCUCGGCGCUCAGCUGGCCGCCGGUGCCGUCAGCUGGCUGCUCAGCUGUCUGCUGCUGGCCUCCCGGUGAUAUGCCGUCGUUGCCGGCGGCGGCCGCUCUCCGUCCGUGCGGAGCGCACGGUGGCACUAGCGCGAUCUACCGGCGGAAAGUGGCAACAUUCGGCUGUGGUAUCACUAGCUUCGUCCGCCGGACGCGCCGGGAGACGGGACGAUGUACUUAGCUAGGCCAGUGAUGACGCGGAAGGACGCGAGCUGACGACAUCCAUGUAGUCGAUAGCAAGUGUGGAACACGGCUGAUAUUUUCUCUGGAAAGGGCACGGUGUCGGUGUGGUUUGUUUAUGCGAUUGUGAUACUGCGUGACCGAUGUGAAGACGCAGCUCCUGUGGUUAGCAGCCGGUCUGCUUUGCUGGCCGCGGUGUGGCAAGUGUAGCUCGACUGCACUUUAAGGCGGCCAACUGCCGCCAGAAUUCAUCGAGCGGGCUGCCUAAGUUGCGAAGAUCUCGCAUUGCUGCUUGUUCUCAUUUUACUGAGCUGGUGUGUGCGUACGUGUGUGUACAAAGGAGCUUCUUGCCCCAGGGUUUAAGACAUUCAACCCACAGAGGCUCUUUACUCGCAUCCAAUGCUCGAACUGUUCACUCAGGUUAAUGACCGAUUGCACGUUAGCCGCAGGGGGCUUCUUUUUUAUUUUAGUUGCGGGUUGUGCCCACAUCGUUCGAAGCCAGAUGGUCACGUGGCCGUUUUGUUCGCUUAUGAUGGAUUUGGCGAUAAGUAACCGACGGCUGCGAGAUGAGAGAGGUGCAUCGAUGGUCUGGCGCGAUGGCUGUUUUUUCUUGGAAUAAUUUUGUUCCUGCGAGCACUGUCGUACCUUAUGUUUUAUUGUUGCAUGCGUCCGAAGUAUUUCGUCGGUUUUACCUUGUAACUGGUAGUGCUCGCCUUUUUUGUACACUUACGUAGCCUUGGAUUGCAUCGAAAUUUUCUAUAUUAUUUCGCAUGGCUUGCAUGUUUAUUCUGGGUGCUUCGUCACUGAUCGUGUGUAUACACUGUUACGGUAUCCUCGUUGUUAAUCACAAACUCAUCCGUAAGCUGUAGCUUUGAAUAUAUAUCCCUAUGGAA